AUGUUUAUUUGUUUGUAUUUUCUCACACAUGUUUGUUCAUACAAUCUUAAGUUCACACUUGAAGAUAUAGAGAAUCAUAGGAAUAAAACAAGAGCAGAGCUACGUAGAAUUGAUGACAAGAUGAUGACAAAUCAAUUGGAAAACCAAGAACAUAAAAUAGUUGCCAUCAAAGAAAGAAUAGAAAUAAGCAGACUAAAAACAGAAUUCAUGAAAUCAGAAAGCGAACAUGCUGAAGGAAAACUCACCAAGGAAGAGUUAAAUUCCAUUCGAGAGCAACAUGAGAAAGAAGAAUUCAGCCACGUGUCUUUAAAGAUGUAUUAUGAUUCCCAAGCCUUGUUACUAGAUUGUGCCAUGACAGACCUAUUGGAUAUGAAGGAAGUGUUGCUAGAAGUGAUGUUGAAAGAAGAUACAAUGGAACAGUUGUUGCUUUUAGUUCAAGUACACCACAGAGAUAUUGAUCACAGACAGCUAAAAUCAAUACAAAAAGAGAUUAAAAAGUAUAUGAAGUUAUUUGAACAAGAGAAUGAUCAACUUAAAGCAUUUCAAGAUAAAAGCCCUGAUUUUCUGUGUACAAGAGAACACCACAAGCACAAAUACAUACCUGAUUUCUAUUUGGCAUUUUAUAAGUCAGUGUACAUUGAUGAUCUGAAAGAAGAUUUAAUGGAUAUUCUCACCCUUUUAGGUAGGUCAUUGCUGGGUGUAGAAGAAAAGCUAACUUUUUGUAAGAAGCAUUUUAAGAAGAAUACUCAGCGUGAACAAAAAGAUAAGAAAAGUGACUCGCAACCUGAAUAA